AUGAAUGGCAUGAAAAUAGGCAGAUGGGAUAUUAUGUAUUGUAAAUAUAAUGAGAAAGAAGAUUAAUAAAUGUAAAUAUAAUAUAAGUAUUAAUGUGGAAUGAAUAAUCCUUUUCAUAGAGGUGGUGGAUCAUAUGAUUAAGAAGGAAAUUAGAAGAAGAUUGGAAAGUGGGUUGAAUUGGAUGAAUAAUUUCUUAAUUUUAAAUAAGUCACUUAUAAUGGUGAAUAUAAUCUGAAUGGUAUGAGGGUAGGUAUAUGGGAUAUUAUGUAUUGUAAGAAAGAUGAGUAGGAAUAUAAAUAAAUGUAAGUAUUAUCUCAGUAUAAAGGGGAACAUACAUAAAAAUAUAUGUAGUGGAAGUGGAUUUUAUGAUAAUGAAGGAAAUUAGAAAAAGAUUGGAAAAUGGAUAGAAUUAGAUCAAAGUUUCAUAUGGAAUAAUGUUGUCACUUAAAUUGGUGAAUAUAAUAUGAAAGGUUAAAAAGAAGGUAUUUGGGUUGAAAUGGGCAUCGAGAAUCAAAAUAAAGGAGAAACUUAUUACUAUAAUUGA